GCUAAAAGCCCGCAGGGAGUGGUGCAGCACUGACACAUGCGAGCCUAGCAGAGCCCGAGCGGCCACGGCGUCAGCUGAGGAGCGAUGGCAUCAGCAUCUCCCACUGCAGCCGCCUCGCAGUCCACCCUGCCCUCCGGACCGGUCGUCUUUAAAACCAUUCCCUACGCCUUCAUCCUGCCGGAGAUAAUCUGCGGGGCCUGGGUUUGGAUCCUUGUUGCUGCUACCUCAGUCUCCUUCCCACUGCUGCAGGGAUGGGUUAUGUACGUGUCCCUCACCUCCUGCCUCAUCUCCCUGUUGCUCCUCGUAAGUUACCUCUUCGGCCUUCACAAAAACAGCAACAACUGGAAAGUGCUGGAUAGUUUGUACCACGGUGCCACAGCCAUUCUGUACAUGAGUGCUGCUGUCUUGCAAGCCAACGCAACAAUCAACUCCGAGUUUGGAUUCAGGUCACCAGUCUACCAGCUCAACUGUGCGGCAUCGUUCUUCGCCUUCAUCACGACCUUCCUGUAUAUCCUUCAUGCCUUCAGCAACUACUACCAGUGAGCCUGGUGGAGAUGGCACCAGCUUCACAUCUUCAGGAUGAGGGCGUUCCUAGAGCAAAGGCAGCAGUGGGCUUCCAGAGGUGUCCUGGCACCUCCACCGACUCCGGCGAGACGCGAUUGUUCUUUCAGUUCAUUGAAAGAGGGAUUUUUGUACAGCG